AAGGGACUUAAUUCUCUCCUCUUGUAACACUCGAUAUACCAUGGUUCGAACUAGAAGAUGAUGUUUUCAAGUAGUAAUUCGAUGAGUUAGCCAGAUUGAAGUAGUUUGGAGUGUAAUAAGCGAUUAAAGGUUAAUUAUUUCCAUUACAUUAAUGUGGAAAGAAGGAGGCUUUGAAUUUAAAGUAUGAAUCUUGUCGAGAAUUCAGAUGUGCAAUUUGUCGUAGAUAAUCGACUGAAAGAUUUCAUUGAAGUUGAAAAUAGAAAACAACAAUUUCAGCUAUUAGUACACGAAUUAACUGAUAUCUGUUGGGAGACUUGCAUGGAUAGACCAUCAGCACGCUUGGAGACAAAAGUUCAGAAGUGCCUUGUAAAUUGCGUUGAAAGAUUCAUCGAUACUACCAACUUUGUAACAAAUAGGUUAAAACAUAUUGCUUCAAGUUCACAGCCUGAACUGGAUAACUUGGAAUGAUUACAUCAUUUUAAAAAUCA